ACACAGAGGAACUGCAUAGCAGAUUGCACAGGAGACAGAGCGAGUGCACAACCUCCAGCGAGGGACUGCUGAAGACACAUCAACACAAAAUAGAGACGAGGGGAAAAUAACAAAAUUAGGACGACUGGGCCUGUUUAUAACUAGAUUAGGCAAACCAUAGACGGCUGAGUUUGAAGCAGGUGAAGCUGGCAAAUGUGUUAGAAUGUGUUGGAAUUAAAUAAUGUUAUGGUCGUGGAGGUUAUCUCACAAAUGACUUGCUGACACCACAAACAAAGCACAAGAAAUUCCACUGAAAAUCGAGUAAAAAUGGAGAGACUACAGUCAUCAGAAGUCAACCUGCACCAUGAUCACAGAGAACUAAGAGAUACCAACCAAGAACAUCUAACUAUGAAGAACGUAGGAACAGUCACUGACAUCAAAGGAUUAUCUCACGCACAUUAUGCCGAGUUCUCCAGGAAGCAUCCAUUCUUCCCCAAGCAUUAUGUUAUGCCUUGGAAACAAGACAUGGUCAACAGAAAGCUUAUUUUAAAGCAUGCAGAAGCAGCUGGAGUGUACAGAGGUGCUUGUGAAGAUUCUCUGUUCGUGGAGAACAAAGAAAGGCUGUGCCAUGGAGAAGAGAGGAAAGCCAUCAUGGAAAAGCUAAAAAUCCCACCACAACCAGAGAUGAGGACAUUUCCAUUGCACUCCCCUCUAUCCCGGUAUCAGAGUUACAUUAUCAACCAGAAAUCCAGAACUCUAGGACCAUCUUGCUAAUAAAACAAGCUGACACAAUUUGAUAUCUAUUCAUUAUCC